UUCCGGUAGAGAAAUGUGAAAACAAAGCGAGAGGCCUACACAUGAGAUUUUACACUUGAAAGCAAGUCAGAAGCGCGACUUCCACUUGAUAUGCGCGACCGAGUGACAGAUAGGGAGAUUCAGCCCCCACCCAGCAGCAGGUUCUGAACCAGGAGGGCUGCAUCAGAACCACAAGACAAUAUUGUUGGUCUCAACACCUGUCGAGAACCUUCGUUCCAUCAGUGACCUGCUCGAACAUUUCCAACCCAGCCAUCCAUUAUGCCAAUCACCAGACAAGCACAUGCACACCUUCAGUGAUCAGUUCGGAGCAUGAGCGUAGACCAUCCAGACACAUCUCGAUGUUAGUAUGAUCGACGCCGGUAAGGCAGCAGCGUACCACCAGGCUGCCAUCGCCACAUACCAGGUCUCCCUUUACGGCUUGUACACAAACGCUGGUGUCUGCGACCCCAUCAUCAACGGCACUGUAGUGGACAGCGUCACUGCAAGAGGAAGUCCUAAUUUAAUUACUCAAAUAACAAGCGUCCACCCGAGCAGCCAGCUUACAGUCACAGAAGCAAGGAAAGACUUGAAGGAAAAGCAGGAACGAUUCACCUGUGAUGAGUGUGGAAAGUCUGUGAAAAGUCGGAAUUAUCUGAAGUUGCACAAGAGGACACAUACAGGAGAGAAGCCAUUCGCGUGCAAGCAGUGUAGCCUUAGCUUCAGUGUACGGGGGAACCUGUACAAGCACAUGCGAACACAUUCGGGGGUGAAGAAUUACGGUUGUAGCUACUGCGGGCAGAUGUUUCGGGACAGUACAUCUCGGAAUCGACAUGAGAGGCUCCACACUGGGGAGAUGCCAUAUCGGUGCGAGGACUGCGACCAAAAUUUCCGCUACCGUGAAAUGUACAAGGCUCACAUGAUGAAGACUCAUGGGCUUGAUGAAGAGGAGGUUGUGUCUCUGCCUCCGGGAAAGAGGAUGAAGACAGAGCAGAGUAGUUCUAACUCACCAGGUGCAUCAAGCACUCAAAAAAGUAGCACUGAUGCCAUCCGUUUGAAUCCAAAGACGGUCUCAUCCAAAUGUGAUGACACAGUCCAGAAGCUGUCCUCUGCUGUUCAACUAAGUGGAAACGUAGUUCUUAAGAAGGAAAGUGGUUUGGACGGCACAGGUCCGAAGGGCAAGAUGGCCAACCUCUCCGGCUUCGCCUACAACACUGCUGCGGCCAGUACACAGUGUAUUGGGUCUGAGGAACAGGCUGACAUGUCCAGUCUGACUGAGGAGGAUGGUGACAUGGCGUUUGAAGACACGUCCCCCUACAAGCUGAUGCCCCUUGAGUUGCAGAACACUGAUGCCGUCAGCAUCAGUAGACCCGAGGGGCCUGCCCUGCUGCAACAGGGGAAGAACAGAGUAGAACAGCUUCGAUGCAGCAAGUGUCCGAAAACUUUUGACAAUAAAUCCCAGCUGACACGGCAUCAGAAGAUGCACAAGUUACUGAGUGUUGUGAAGAACGCAUCUCACAGUGCAUCUCCUGGUGGCUCAGGUAGUAAAGUUGUGACCAAGAAACCUGGAACUGCCAGAAAAACAAUGAGAAAACAAACCCAUUUUGUUAAAGUGAGUACCCCAGAUUUGCCUGAUUCUGAAGCAUUUAGUGAAGAGAAUACCCUCAAGUCAUCUCUGGAGCUGUCAUCCCUGAAUCCCUCAAGUAACAGUUCUUCAUCACAAUCUGGUGAUCACAGCAUCCAGAUUGAUGCCUCUCUUCCCGAGACCUUCCUCCAGGAGUCUGUGACAGCAGAAAGGGAUGACUCUUGUUCUGACACUACGAGGAGGAGUAGAGCCCUGUCUCCUGCAGGGGAAUCACAGGAGAUGCUGGAGGUGGGAGAUGAUGUCACUAGCGUGACCAAGGUCGAGGAUCAAAGUGGGAGUGGGGCAGAUGUGUCCUCCUUGAAAGGAGACCAGGUAGCUGUGGAACAAAGUGGUCAGUCCUCUGACAAUCCCGAUCCUUCAGUAACCAAAGACAAGCCCCAGUCGUCCAAUGCACCAGACCCUCCUGGAGGUAUUAUUCUUGAUGGUUGUGAAUGUAAGAUUUGUGGACGGGUUUUGUCACGAGAGUCCUACCUGAUAAUACAUAUGCGAUCACAUUCUGGGGAGAAGCCUUUUGUUUGUCAGUUCUGUGGCAGGGGUUUCACAGUUUCUCAAAACUUGUACAAGCAUGUUCGAACACAUACUGGGGAGAAGAACCAUGCAUGUCCAACGUGUGGUCGAAGAUUCACCACCAGCAGUUCCCGGAACCGACACAUGCUGCGCCAUAGUGGUGACAAGCCCUACCCUUGCACUCUCUGUGACGACGGAUUCUCUUACCUUGAGCAGCUGAAGUCACACUGUCAGAAGAACCACGCUUACUUUGAUACAUCCUUGCUGAAAAAGGUUGAAAUUGAUACUUACGAACUAUCGAAAGGGAAAAAGAAAAAGAAGUCGAAAAAGAAGUCGAAAAAACUUAUUGUAGCGCCUGGUGCAGUGAGCAGUUUUAUGAGUGGCAAGCUGAUAUUUCCCUAUGAUAACCCCUCACAAGCUGCUGGAAAUCAAGGUGUAUUAUCCACCCAGGCAUCAUUGGAUCACGUGCAGGCAGACAGCAGUGGUAUGCUGGACCCCAGCCUAGAAAUAUCCAGGCAGCUGAGCAACAUAGAGGCCCAGGCCAAGAUAGAAGACAGCAAUGACCUCUCAGGAAACAUGGCGUCAUCAGAUCCGGGACAGACGGAGGAAGGAAAUUCUUCAAGAGUACGUUUUAUGUGCACCUUUUGCGGAAGUGAGUUCCAGAGUGAGCAUUAUCUCCAGCAUCACAUGACAAUUCACAAAGACGAACGUAGCUACGAGUGUCCAUUCUGUCACCAGGGUUUUGCUAUGCAGGCACACCUGCAGGCUCACCUCCGGAACCACGCUGACGCCAAGAAGUACAGCUGUGGUAUCUGUGGUAAGGGUUUCAGUGUGAGAUCCAAGCUGGAGCGGCACAUGCUGGUCCACACCGGGGACAAGCCCAAUCAGUGCCAACUGUGCCAGGAGAGCUUCAAGUACAAGCACAUCUUGAAGCUUCAUUACAGGAAGAUGCACCCUAGCUUUGCAUCUUCAGAACUCGCUAAGAAAAGAGGGAGGCCCACGAAAAUAGAAGGCCCAGAGGGGAUUGAUGUCAGCGCAGAAUCAGAUGGUGUGUCUUUUUCACAUGAUCUGGAAGAUGGGGAGGUUGUGCUCGGGAUGACUGGUGAGAGUGGAAAACCAGUGUCCAGGCCUGCAGGGGGUAACCCUGAUGAUAUAACAGGGCUGAAGUCAAAUGGAAUACAAGGAAGGAAAACUAUACUGAGACUUUUAACAGGUGGUGAUAUCGGUCACGACUCGAGGAUAGGCUGCAUGGAGCCAACAUCAACAAGAACUCAUUCUUCAAUAAAUAAUAAAAAGGAGCCUGGUCCUGCCAACUCUGAAGAAACAUCGCUAACUAUUCAGGGCGAUGGCAUGAAAGAGAAUGAAUCCAAUACACAAGAACAAUACAAAGUAGAGUUGAGGUCAAGUGGAUUGGGCAGUCCUACUGCAUGUUCCUUCGACUGUCCCCAUUGCCCGUUAAUCUUUCAACACAAGAAGGAUCUUACUGAACACCUUCUCACACACGCUGACCAGUGUGGAGAUCAGAGUGACCAUACAGGUGUGUCUGAUAGUGAUCCAAUCAUAAACAGUGACGAAAGUGACCCUUCAGUUCCAGCUGGGACAAGCUCCUCAAUUCUUGCCACUGUUAGUGAUCCCCACAUAAAGGAUGAAGUAGGCAGGGGUUUUGCUGCUUCUGGAGUCCAACCCAACGUGUGUGAUGUGUGUGGGGCCAUCUUCACUGCAACCAGAAAAUAUCGGCAGCAUAUGGCAGAUCAUUUGAAACUCUUAGAAUCAGACAAAUCCAGUGUUGAAGCCAGUUCUGAGAAAGACAAGUUGAGGUCGCAGUGUGAAACCGCAUUACAACUUGUUGAAGAUAGCCAGUCAUCCAGCAGCAAAACUACCUCAAAAGUUAAAAGGAAAGGUGCAGCCAAAUCAGGUCUGCUUCCUUUGAAUAAUUCUACCUCUGAAGAAGUGUGUUCGAUAUGUGGUGAUGUGUUCUCAACUGUGGAACUUCUAGGGCACCAUCUAAAGGGCCACAGCGACCCUGUGCAAGAUUCCAAGGAGAGCCAGGCUGAAGGGACGAGCAGUGCAUUGACACAUACAGACAGUGCUUCAGCUGAUAGUGUGCAACAGAGGAAUCCUUCAAUUAAGAAAGAACCUGAGGAGUAUCUUCCAGAACACACCGCUCUGAUCGAGAGUCCUGACCAAGCCAGACCUGAUGUUGCUGGUUGUCAUGAUGAGUGUCUGAGUGAAGAGUGUCACCAGGUGGAAUGUCGACACUGUCUUGCAGUGUUCACAUCCUUCAAGGCUCUGCAUGAUCACAUGAAAGUUCAUGAAGGCCAGUCAGUGUUCAAUUGUCCCCUCUGUAGCUCAGUAUUCCACAAGCAGGACCAGCUACUUGAACAUCUCAAAGAACACACAGGAGCCUGAGAGUUGGACUGUGAGGCUUCUCAAGGAAGAAGCUAAGGCUUAAGAAUUAUAAUGAGUAUUGGGCAAACUGUUCAAGAAACACACAGGGGCAUGAGAGUUGGACUGUGAAGUCUUGGUGAAGCUUCUCAAGGAAAAUGUUAGGCUUCAACCUUAUGACAUGUACCGUUAAUGGGAAACUGGUCAAGGUACAUACAGUGGUGAGUGUUGUAUUUCUUCAAGGAACAUACAUGGGUCUGAGUUUUAUACUGUGUACACCGAGAGAGGUUUCUUAAGCAUGUUAAUGGAACAUACUUAGACCUAAGAUUUAUACAGUGUACUGGUGAAGCUUCUCAAGGAACAAACUUGGGCCUGAGGCCUGGACUUGUGAAGGCUCUGAUGAUCAUCCUAAGGUGAAAACUGAGACCUGAGUUUAUACUGUGUGGUCCUUGUUGAGUAUUUCAAAGAAAAUAGGUACGAAAGUUAAGGUGUUUGGUCCUGAUUGAGCUACUUGAAGAAUAUAUAGGGGCAAAUAGACUUCUGUGAAUUACCUGUGUCAUUGUGGUGGAUCAUAUAGAGGAGCAUACUGGAUUCUGUAGUUGUGUUAGAACUUCUGUUGGAAUAUACUUCAGCUAAAUACAGAAACAUCCGACUUCUGUUGUGUCAUGCUGUUUCACAGCCCCAAGGACAAGAUGGGAUUGAUCGUUUUGAGCUUGUUGAGGAAGAGGAUUUGACAGGAUCUGACACUGAGCCUAAGGCCACAAUUGUUAUAUUUUUCAGUUAACCAGCACUAGUGGGGAGUUUAUUUUUUAACCAGAUACAUCUGUUCUUGAGGGUGUCAUGAUGACUAGUCUUCAUGGUCACAGAUGUGAUCCAACUCUGUGAGUUGUGUAUGCUGUUGGUUUACCUGAGACACAACCAUUGUUAAACUCACUACACCUGUGGACCCUGUCCCUCAGUGACUUCUAAGGCUGCAUCAGCACUGGGUUUUUAAAACAUGGCUUUGUGGAAGGUGCCCUGGCGUCCCUGAAGUAUUAUAAUGUUGGUACACAUGGACGAGACACAUACAGAUUGAUACUUAUUCUUGAAGAGACAUAUUUGAAUAUACCUUUUUCCUCUUGUACUGUUGGACUUGAUGGUCAUGGUAGUUGAGUUAUGAUGUAUUAUAAUUAAUGAGAUGAGGGUCAACAUUUCUCCUGUACUGCCUCCUUCAUCACUGUGUCUGUAGCAGAAGUUGAUGUCAGCCGUGUCGUGUGUAGUGUCAUCUGUCUCAUGUUUCUUUGUUGGAUGAUUUGAUGAAGGAAAUGCUACAAGUUCGUAUAUAAGCUGUCAGACAGUUGCGUUGUCCUCAUGUCCUGUGACGGGGGUACACACGAGGGGGGGGGGGGUGUUUUAUUUCUUACCUGGAUGUAGAUGAGAUCUUUUAAGGGGGUACGUUUAGAAUGAUGCGAGCAAGGCUUGUUAUUGUACCAUGUGUUAUGUUGAGAUGAAAAGUAGACCUGUGCAUAGUCUGGACACUGACUGUGCUUAUUAUGGACACUGUGACUGUGCUUAGUCUGGACACUGUCACCGUGCUUAGUCUGGACACUGACUGUGCUUAGUCUGGACAAUGACUGUGCUUAGUCUGGACACUGUCACUGUGCUUAGUCUGGACACUGACUGCUUAGUCUGGACACUGACUGCUUAGUCUGGACACUGACUGCUUAGUCUGGACACUGACUGUGCUUAUUAUGGACACUGUGACUGUGCUUAGUCUGGACAAUGACUGUGCUUAGUCUAGACACUGACUGUGCUUAGUCUGGACACUGACUGUGCUUAUUAUGGACACUGUCACUGUGCUUAGUCUGGACACUGUCACCGUGCUUAGUCUGGACACUGACUGUGCUUAGUCUAGACACUGACUGUGCUUAGUCUGGACAAUGACUGUGCUUAGUCUGGACAAUGACUGUGCUUAGUCUGGACACUGACUGCUUAGUCUGGACACUGUCUCUGUGCUUAGUCUGGACACUGUCACCGUGCUUUGUCUGGACACUGACUGUGCUUAGUCUAGACACUGACUGUGCUUAGUCUAGACACUGUCACUGUGCUUAGUCUGGACACUGACUGUGCUUAGUCUGGACACUGUCUCUGUGCUCCAAUUUCAUAAACAGAUUUACAAAACCAUAGCCUCUAUUCUGUCAGUUGGACAUCUAGCUCCUCUUCUUGUGUAUGGACCUCAUGCUUGUUGGGAUCGCUAUAGCCCGUCCUGUAAGACAGUCUAAUGAUGCCUGUAGCUACUAUACUUGAACAUAGUCCCUCUAACUCGCGUACCCUACAUAGACUACUGGUAGUUGUGACUUUCAUUUCUUGACAUAGAUAACACAUUCGCUCAUACACUGUAGCCAAGUGCUGUGUUAGCUGCUCCUGUGCAUAAGUGUAGACUAAGUGUAGCACCAGACCUGACACUGUGAAGAUAGGCUGACAGCAUCAGUGAUCUGGGUACGCCUUUCAUGUAUGUUAGGUUCCAUAUCUGUAAGUUUUGGGGGUCAAAUGCACUAAGAUGGGUCUCGGGAUGCACAACAGCAAAUAAGAUACAAAGUGUGUGUGAUGCCUUAUGCUUACUACAGCCUUCUGAAUCCAAUGAUGGUACAUCUUCCUGAGGCAAGGGCAUUAACUGACUUUGAAAGUCCAGUUUCCACCCUUGCCAAACUAGGCUGGAAAUCCUGGACCUGAUCGUAGCGCCCCCAGUGGCUAUUACAAGUUAUGUCCCUUCAAUGCCUCGCCUAUGGACCAAUCAGAUUCCACCUCUUGUAUCACUUGCAUUUGCUUCAAACAAAAUGGCAGCACCCAGUCAAGACAAUUUGAUCGAUAAUCAAGAUCUAAAAUGGGUCUUACGUCACGAAGUGCAUCAAAUCAUGUCAGCACCUUGAUUAAAAACAUGAAAAGAUUUGCAAAAUAUGUGUUGAUGACGAGUCGGCGGUGCACAUGCUUUGCAAAUCCUGCAAUCGACCAAAAUCUACAUCACAGUUAUGAACAGGAUUUCGAUUUCUCUGCGCCAUUGGACUUGUUAGUCCAGCCAAAAUGUAACUCCAUAACACCAGCCUUGUUCGGCAAGGGUAGAAACUGGACAUUUAUAGUCAGUGGUAUCUUGCCCCGGGAAGAUGAUGGUAGUGCUCAUUGACUAGUAACAAUUGAGGACUAUAAUUCUGAACCAGUUCUCAAUGCCUCAAUUGUGCUACAAAUUCUUACUCAAUAAAUCUGAUGGAAAAUGAAAUGUAAACACUCUAAACAUUUUUGUCUGUUUUUAAGCAUGACUAGCUACAAACUCUGACAUGAUGGAGGACUUUUUAGACAAACUUUUGACAAAUCCUUUAACAUAUUUAAAAACAUGAAUUUCAAAGGCUGUAUUAAAGAGGGCAUUUCCUUGUUUCUUUUAUAACCUUACCCGCUCUGUCCGAACAUUGAUUGUAUUUCUCAUCAGGACUGAAAUAUUACAUAUCUUGCCGACAUGUUUUAAAAUUUUGUUAGUUUUAAUCAUUCCAAUACUCGUACUAUUUUUGCAUCCAAUGGGGUUCACAGUGGAUAUUUUGUAUCUUUUCUUACUUUUGCAUCCUGUAAAACUAUGUGCGUACUAUUUUAUAUACUGAAAAGAUUAUUGAUCAUGAGUAUUUUUGGGAAUAUUUUUAUGAAAUUGCAUGCGCAGUCUUCACUGCAAAAAAAUCCCCCCAAAUAUUCAUGAUCCCUAACUGUUUUGUGAGGGUGUGCGGUAUUAUCGGUAUAUCGGUAAAUUGAGGUUCACCCUUUCCACGAUACGUAUCACAAUAUCAUUUUUUUCAUGCUUGAUAUAUCGGGUGAUGUCAAAUAGAGAUUUUUUAAAUGUUUUUUCUUGCCAAAUGCCUUCACUGCCCCGCCGCACUCCAGGCCACAAGAUGGCCGCGUAUUUAUUGAGUACACAUUACGAUGUACCAGCGUCUUGUUUUGUUCCAUUUAUGAACGUUAAUUUAUACCAUAAUGUAUCAGAUUACUGCUGAAUUCAAAAUUUAUGAUUAUACAAUAUAUCGUGAUACGUAUCGAAAUACCGCCUUGUGCAUUGCAAAAUAUUGUGAUACACUUUAAACCUCCAAUACCCAUCCCUUAAUAUUUUGGUUUAGUAUUCAUUAGGCCUGAAGCUGCAGCAGGUGCUGUUUGUAUGCUUGAGUCACUGUUAGUUUGUUUGAAUACAAGCAAGGACUUUGUUAUGUAGAGUGAGUGAGUGAGUAUGGUUUUACGCCACUUUUAGCAAUAUUCCAGCAAUAUCACGGCAGGGGACACCAGAAAUGGGCUUCACACAUUGUACCCAUGUCGGGAAUCGAACCUGGGUCUUCGGCGUGACGAGCGAACGCUUUAACCACUAGGCUACCCGACCGCCCCUGUUAUGGAGAACAUGACUCAGGCCAGGCUUUUUAUUUUUUUAUUUUUAGGAUUACGGAAUUUUCAGCCCAAAGUCCAAGGUUGGAGGAGGGAAAAAAAAAGCCAGAUGCAUUUUUUUAAAUUCAGAAUGCCUCUGGCAUACUUUAUGAACAUAUUCUGUGUUCAAAAGACCGCCAUUUGUGACGAUAAAGCCCCUUGUAACAAUAAAAAUUCUACCACUUACAACAUGGACAAUUGUCAAGGGAGGCUAUUCAUGUUAGGCUUCGAGAUCAACAAAGAUCAAUUAUGUAUCUCUUUACUAGUUUACCACAGUGAAUUCAUGUUUUUUAUCAAAAGGUGAUGAUAACAAAUAAAAUAAAUGACUACGCCGCUAUUGGCGGGGGAAACAAAAUGGAAAUCUGAUUUAUUUAUUUUUUACAUUUUCACAAAAAUUAGAGUCGGCGGGUCCGUAAUCUAUAAAAUAUAAAACGCCUGGCCUAAUGUGUGUUGAGAUAUCUAGACAUCACAUUGUUUUGUUGUCAUAACGCUGCCUGCUGUUUCUACCAAAUAUUAUUUGUGACUUCUUCUUCUGGGACCAUUUUGCUAUUGUUUGUUGGAUCAUGGGUCCGAGGGUACUAUUUUCUUCAAAAUUUGAAAAACUAUAAUUCAAAUUUACACUUAUUUUUCUAUGCCGACACAUACAUGCAAACCUUUUUUUAUUUUACUCAGUGUAUAUGACACAUCUAUAUAGCAUAUGAAGCUCAAUUAACAUCAAUAUUUCGCCAAAUCGUCCUGAAGAUACAAAAUUCCAUGCAAACUCUAUGCCCCUUGUCCUUCACUUCUUACAUGGACUUUACCAAAAUUAGCCCCCCCCCUCUAAAUUUGGAGGGGGCCGGUCAGGUAGCCUAGUGGUUAAAGUGUUCGCUUGGCACACCGAGGACCCGGGUUCGAUUCCCGACAUGGGUACAACAAUGUGUGAAGCCCAUUUCUGGUGUCCCCCGCCGUGAUAUUGCUGGAAUAUUGCUAAAAGCGGCGUAAAACCAUACUCACUCACUCACUCUCUAAAUUUGGAAAAUCCCAUGGCUGUUAACACUUCACUAGCUUGUGGCCCCUAAGCCAACAUUUCCUACAGCUAUGUGCAUGCUUCAUGAAAUGACAUACUUUUGUAAAAUUCUGUUUUUAAAUGUUCUGCAGUUUAAUUUUAGAUUUGCUUUUUUUACGUGACAUGAUACAGCUGUGAGUUGUUUGCAUUCUUCGAGUGAUUUUCAGAUUAAUUUUCUUCCUGUACUCUUAUUUCUAAAGGGUCAAUAUGGUAUCAUGAUAUUUAUGGUAGGACAGAAUGGGAAUGUGGAAUACUAUUGUGAAUGUGUACCCAUUGUAACCUUUGCCUUUUAUAUUCUCUUAGAUAUAUUAUAUAGUCAUGCAGAGUUCAUAUUUAGAGUUUUUUCUGCUCGAUCUCUACAUGACCUCUCUACAGGGCCCCUCUAUAUGAUUUGAAUAGAGCCUGUCUACACGGCCACUCUACAUAACCUCUACAGGGCCUCACGAUAUGGUUUGAACAGUCUGUCUACACAGCCACUCUGCAUAACCUCUACAGGGCCUCUCUGCAUGGUUUCUCAGCUGAGCCCCUUAUGGUCUCUCUACAUGACCUCUACAGGGCCUCUCUGCAUGGCUCUCAACUGAGCCCCUUAUGGUCUCUCUACAUGACCUCUACAGGGCCUCUCUGCAUGGCCUCUCAACUGAGCCCCGUAUGGUCUCUCUACAUGACCUCUGCAGGGCCUCUCUGCAUGGCCUCUCAACUGAGCCCCGUAUGGUCUCUCUACAUGACCUCUACAGGGCCUCUCUGCAUGGCCUCUCAACUGAGCCCCGUAUGGUCUCUCUACAUGACCUCUACAGGGCCUCUCUGCAUGGCCUCUCAACUGAGCCCCGUAUGGUCUCUCUACAUGACCUCUACAGGGCCUCUCUGCAUGGCCUCUCAACUGAGCCCUGUAUGGUCUCUCUACAUGACCUCUACAGGGCCUCUCUGCAUGGCUUCUGUGCAGCACAGAGUAUGGACAGGGUAGGGGGCGGGACAAAGGUGGUCUAGUUGUCCAAGCAUGACGACUCGCUGUGCGGAGUUGCAUCCAUUGGGCAAGGCAGAAACCAUGGGGACAAGUCCAACAUGCACCUGGUUAUAUUUCUUGGUUUGUCCAUACCCACUGUACACCUAUGUGGUAAACCUCCAACCUGCAUCAUUUCUGGGUUUCCUCCCACAUCAAGCUGACAAUACUGUUAAGUGUUGCGUUAAAAACAACUCAUUCACUCAUGGCCUCUAUUGAGCCUCCAUGGCCUCUAUUCAGGGCCUCUCUAUUGAGCCUCUAUACAAGGCCUCUAUUGAACCUCCAUGGCCUCAAUACAGGGCCUCUCUAUUGAGCCUCCAUGGCCCCUAUACAGGGCCUCUCUAUUGAGCCUCCAUGGCCUUGGUACAGGACCUCUUUGUUGAGCCACCAUGGCCUCUAUACAGGGCCUUGCGAUUGAGCAUCCCUAGCCUGAAUGCAGGGACUCUCUAUUGAGCCUCCAUGGCCCUAUACAGGGCCUCUCUAUUGUGCCUCAAUAGCCUUGGUACAGGGCCUCUUUGUUGAGCCUCCAUGGCCUCUAUACAGGGCCUCUCUAUUGAGCCUCCAUGGCCCCUAUACAGGGCCUCUCUAUUGAGCCUCAAUGGCCUUGGUACAGGGCCUCUUUGUUGAGCCUCCAUGGCCUCUAUACAGGGCCUCUCUAUUGAGCAUCCAUAGCCUCUGUACAGGGCCUCUCUAUUGAGCCGCCAUGGCCUCUAUACAGGGCCUCUCUAUUGAGCCACCAUGGCCUCUAUACAGGGCCUGUCUAUUGAGCCACCAUGGCCUCUAUACAGGGCCUGUCUAUUGAGCCACCAUGGCCUCUGUACAGGGCCUCUCUAUUGAGCCACCAUGGCCCCUAUACAGGGCUCUUUUGAGCCGCCAUGGCCUCUAUACAGGGCUCUAUUGAGCCGCCAUGGCCUAUAUACAGAGCCUCUCAAAUGAUGCCAUAGCCUCUGUGCAGGGCUCUAUUGAGCCGCCAUGGCCUGUAUACAGGGCCUUUCUAUUAAGCAUCCAUAGCCUAUCAUAACCAAAACAGGGCCUAUAUUGGCCUCUAUACAGGGCCUCUCUAUUGAGCCUUUCUGUUUAGCAUCCAUGGCGUCGGAAUGGUGGUUAAGCUUCCUCCCAGAGCAUACAUUCUAAAUGUGAUGGGGAUAUAGGUAAUGUUCAAGUGAUCAUUGGUCCAUGUCAAUGUCGGAAGGCAGUUCAGAGAAUUGGCAUUUUUAUUUUGUAGGAAAAUACACCAGAGCUGCAAACUAUUAUAUUUUUUUAUUGGGAUGUAAAUUAGUAGAUGUGCUUUUCAUAGCGUUGUGGUAUUUGUAACCCAGCACAUCAUUUUUUCUGCAUCUAUUUUAGACUAUAUCGGGCCUGUUGCCUGUUUAGUUGUGGAAUAUUGUGAUGCACAGAAUGAAAUGAGUCCUGCAAUGAAUGAUUGUGGAUGAGCAGUAGGAGCUAUGACUUUAUCUGGUCCAAUAAUGAUGUGAUUGUUGUGUUAGGACUAUAGUAGCCAGGGCAUACUAUUUCGAAUGGGAUGCCCUCAUCCAUGCUGAGAGUCUGGAUGUGCCCUGAUCAAGAACAUGUCUCAUUUAUUCCAUAGAAACUGUGAAGAUGUGUUUGUAACUUGAAUCUGCUUGUAUUCUCAUUGCCAUACUGAAUCAGCCCCAGGUCAGGUCAGGCCUGCUGGUUCAGUGAGAGGGUGUGAUGGAGGUCACGUGUAUAUCUGAACACUCUCAACUAUUCAUUGAUACAACAGCUGGUAGUUUGUGUAUUGGAAGACUUCGGAUGUUGCCGGGAAGAGUCUUGCAUCACAGGAGUGUCUUUCAUUGUCAUCAUUAUUGUCAAUAAACAAGUGUUACAAAUAAUGAA